AUGGCGGAAAGUGAGCUGGCUCCCAAAUUCGCGCCUUUUUUCUCCUUUGCGGGAAUCGCAUCUGCAAUGAUUUUCGGGUCAAUGGGAGCGGCGUAUGGAACGGCAAAAUCUGGGAUUGGUAUCUCUGGCGUGGGAACGUUUCGGCCGGAUUUGAUCAUGAAGUCCUUGAUUCCAGUUGUCAUGUCGGGUAUCAUCGCAGUCUACGGUUUGGUCAUUGCAGUUCUCAUCGCAGGAGACAUGGCACCGCCUCCAACACAGAACAUGAGCUUGUUCACAGGAUUUAUGCACCUUGCAUCCGGGUUAUCGGUUGGCCUCGCGGGCGUGGCCGCCGGAUAUACCAUCGGCAUCGUUGGUGAUGCGGGUGUUCGUGCUUACAUGCAGCAGUCCCGAGUCUACGUUGGGAUGAUUCUUAUCCUCAUUUUUGGCGAAGUUCUGGGUCUUUAUGGCCUAAUUGUCGGUCUCAUCCUCAACACGAACAGCAAAUAA